AUGAACGGCUACGGCUCCCCCUAUCUGUACAUGGGCGGCCCGGUGUCGCAGCCGCCGCGGGCACCCCUGCAGCGCACGCCCAAGUGCGCGCGCUGCCGCAACCACGGCGUGCUGUCUUGGCUCAAGGGCCACAAGCGCUACUGCCGCUUCAAAGACUGCACCUGCGAAAAGUGCAUCCUCAUUAUCGAGCGGCAGCGGGUCAUGGCUGCGCAGGUGGCACUGCGCCGGCAGCAGGCCAACGAGAGCCUCGAGAGCCUCAUCCCAGACUCGCUGCGCGCCCUGCCGGGACCCCCGCCGUCCGGCGACACCGCCGCGGCCGCUGCCCCGCAGCCGUCGCCAACGUCUCAGCCGUCUCAGCCGCCGCGCCCUGCCGCCGAGUUGGCUGCUGCCGCCGCGCUGCGCUGGGCCGCCGAGCCCCAGUCCGGGGCGCUGCAGGCGCCGCUGGCCAAGCCAGAUUUGACUGAAGAGCGACUUGGGGACGGCAGCAUGGCAGACAACACAGAGACCUUCAGUGACAAAGACACUGACCAGAGGAGCUCCCCAGAUGUUGCAAAAAGUAAGGGCUGCUUCACCCCUGAGAGCCCCGAGAUAGUGGCGGUGGAUGAAGGUGGGUAUGCUGUCCAGAAAAAUGGCGGCAACUCUGAGAGCCGCUCCGACAGUCCCAAGUACCACGGGGAACAGAAUCACCUCCUGAUUGAGGGCCCCUCAGGGACCGUGUCUCUGCCCUUCAGCUUGAAAGCCAACAGACCCCCUCUGGAAGUGUUAAAGAAAAUAUUCCCCAACCAGAAGCCCACAGUGCUUGAGCUGAUCCUGAAGGGCUGUGGGGGGGACCUGGUGAGCGCCGUGGAGGUCCUGCUGUCCAGCCGGUCCUCGGUCUCGGCGGCCGACCGAACUUCAGCAGAGCCGGAGAGUCUUGUGUUGCCCUCCAACGGGCACAUCUUCGAACACACCUUGAGCUCGUACCCCAUCUCCUCUUCCAAGUGGUCCGUGGGAUCAGCCUUCAGGGUCCCAGACACCUUGAGGUUUUCUGCUGACUCGAGUAACGUUGUCCCCAACCCCUUGGCUGUGCCCCUGCAGCACCCAUUCCCCCAGCCGCCCCGGUACCCACUCAUGCUGAGAAAUACUUUGGCAAGAAACCAGUCGAGCCCCUUUUUGCCCAACGAUGUCACCCUGUGGAAUACCAUGACGCUGCAGCAGCAGUACCAGCUGAGGUCCCAGUAUGUCAGCCCGUUCCCCAGUAACUCUACCAGCGUCUUCAGAAGCUCGCCUGUCCUCCCCACUCGCACACCCGAAGACCCUCGGAUCUCCAUCCCGGAUGAUGGGUGUCCACUUGUGUCAAAGCAGUCCAUUUACACCGAGGAUGACUAUGAUGAGAGAUCUGACUCCUCAGACUCUAGAAUACUCAACACAUCUUCUUAA